AUAUAAAUUGACCGGCCGCAGAGCAGAGGCUUGGUAGAAUCCAUCGAAACUUUGCCGGUGAUUAGUAGCAGAAGUUUUCACGAAUAUGCGCACAUUUGUUUGCCUUGUCUUGGCGACCAUCCUCCUGGUCGCCGGCUCCUCAGCUGCCACAUAUGAUCCUGUGGCGGCGCAACUUCUGGAUGUGGAUGCAGGUGUCCAGGCUCCGUCGGCAGCGCGGCAAGUUCGUCAGUUUGGCUUCGGACGUCCUGGCUUUGAACGUCCUGGCUUUGAACGUCCUGGUUUUGAACGUCCUGGCUUUGGAGGUGGAUUCCGUCCGGAAUUCGGACGUCCAGGUGGUUUCGAUGGCGGUUUUGGAGGACGUCCAGGCGGCUUUGGAGAACCUGGCUUUGGAGGUUUUGGAGGACCAGGCUUUGGAGGCUUCCGGGGCUAGAAACCAAACCGCAAUUAUCUGCGACUGACUUAGCAUAACCGGCUAGAAAAAGACUUUGUAAUCAAAGUGUAAUCAAGCACGCUCUAAUUAAGUUCGAAAUACAUUUGCCCUCUUCUUUGAGUCACUUAA